AUGACUGAAGUACUCGUAAGCCUUCCUAAAUUCUCUCAGCUUUCUUCUCGUGUUUGGAGAAUACUUGGUCUUAACCCGGGGAAAUUCACUCUUCAAGGUACAAAUACCUAUCUUUUAGGAACAGGCGCACAAAAAAUAUUACUUGAUUGCGGUGAAGGUAAACCUGAAUAUUUAUCCCAUCUCGAGACAUCACUUCAACAAAUAAACCCAGACGCCUACAUUUCAGACAUCAUCAUUAGUCAUGGCCAUCGUGACCAUUGGGGUGGUUUAAACGACAUUUUGACAUCUAAGACUCUAACAAGGAAAUCUCCAAUUCGUAUUCAUAAAUAUCCUAUACCAGAAGGCCAACAUAUAUUAUUAUAUCAUCAUCAUAUGAAGGAAUUUUCAUAUGAUACGCACGAUUUGAAGGACCAUCAAAUCUUUACAGUAGAAGGUGUAACAUUGGAGGUAAUCUAUACACCUGGUCAUACUGCAGAUCAUUGUACCUUUUGGUUAAAGGAAGAAGAAAGUUUAUUUACAGCAGAUUGUGUUCUUGGACAAGGUACAGCCGUCUUUGAUGAUCUAUCAGACUAUAUCAACGGCUUACAACGUCUCAUUCGUCUAAAACCUAAAAGACUCUAUCCAGGACAUGGACCUAUCAUUGAUCAUCAAGAGAGUGCUAUAAGUAGAAUACAAGAAUAUAUCCGUCAUCGUUUGGAACGUGAAAACCAAAUCCUUGAUAUGUUUCGUGAAAAGGCAGCAUUAAGUCCAUUAGACAUUGUUCAGACAAUUUAUAAGGGAUAUCCUGAAUCUCUUCAUCUUCCUGCCGCUCGUGGUAUUGUAUUUCAUUUAAUAAAACUUCAAAGAGAUGGAAAGGUGUCGACAUCAUUUGAUUUAAAUGAACUUGAUCCUGAAAACUUUUCCAACAUUUUAAAUCAAAAAUGGGUAUUGAAUAAACAAUUAAAGCUUACUUCAGUUUAUAAAUAA